AUGGGCAUCUUCAAGGAUGUCAACAUGACAAAAGCAGAGUACAACAACCUUUUUGUGGUUUUCUACACUGGAUACCUCGUUGCCCUCUGGCCAGGAGCCGUGAUAUCGCAGCGGAUCGGCCAGAAACAUUUCAUAACGGCUUCUUUGUUCCUGUGGGCUCUGCUGCUGGGGAUGCACCCGCUGGUCAAGACGGGGAAGCAGCUCAUGGGCCUGCGGUUCUUGCUGGGACUGACGGAAUCCCAGAUUGUGCCCAGCACUACGGUGGUGCACCAAGCUUUCUUUCCUCCGCGGAAAAGCCCAUGGGUGCAGCUAUUGUGGUGGGCUUCUGGGAGCUUUGCAAACGUGCUCCUGACUAUGGUGGCCUACAAACUCAUCAAGGACGAUAACGUAGGAGUUCUCGUCGGUGGCAUCUCAUCGUGGAAGUGGUUGCACAUCAUUUGUGUCGUCAUCACCAUGGCCGUCUUCAUUCCACUUGUGUUGUUCCUGCCAAAUUCCCCCGUGGACGCGAAGUGGUUGUCUACGGAGGAGAAGGUACACACGAUCACCAUGAUUCGCCGGGAGCGCGCCGGCAUCUCGAACUCGACGUUCAAAUGGUCGCAGGUGCGUGAGUGCUUCACUGAUCCGAAAAGCUGGUUAUUCAUCUUCCACAUGUUCUUCAACGAGCUUCCAAACAACACUUCACAGCAGCUGCCACUGAUUGUUGUCGGAUUUGGAUUCACAGCGGCAGAGAGUGCCCUCUUCAACAUAGCGAAACCUCUGAUCGGCUCGCUGCUCAUUCUCGUCUCCGCAUGGAUGCUGUACAGUACACGUCUCGGCACUGGAUACACGUGCGCCAUCUCCUAUAUCCCCUGUUUCGUUGGUGGCAUCAUCGAGCUCGCAUCACCAUGGUCGAAUAAGGUUGCCCUAGUCGUUGGGACUCAAAUCUCUACAUUCAAACCUUCGUAUCUCCUGGGUCUCUCCUGGGCUGGGACGACGACGACUGGCUACACCAAGAAGCUCUUUGUCAUGUCGAGCUGCGUCGUUGCUGCGGCUGUUGCGAACAUGAUUUCGCCAGAAUUUUGGCAGGAAAAAUACAAGCCGCGGUAUCGGCUACCGUGGGGGUUCAUGACAGCGUUUUGGUUUAUCUCGCCGGCCAUGUGUCUGAUCAUUCGCUUCUAUCUGGUGCGCGAGAAUAACCGACGUCAGCGGCUGCUCGAGCAGAUCAAUGAGGCUUCCGAUAGCGAUGUGUUCGACACGGGCAGUCAGGUCAUUACAAUCCACGACAAUGAUCUCGACCUGACGGACCGCCAGGAUUUGAAGUUCAUGUAUCCACUUUAA